GGGGGCACGCCCAGCCUUCUUGGCAGUGGACAUCGACCGGACAUCUUCCGUUCGCGUCCACAGAACACUAGCCGCCCGCCCAGUCUUCACGUGGAUGACUUCAAUAAGCUAGAAAAGGACGACGAUGCCUCUGAGCGGAAUUACGGACGUGAGGAGAGUGCACGUUUUCGCCUAUUUCGGGAUGGAAGACCUGGUCGUGCAGCUCUUGCACCGACUGUCAGUGCCGCUGGACCCGGCGGUGGUAUUCUGCCUGCAGCAGCAAUGGCAACGUUUCUUAACUGGGGAGGGAAACCCAUGUAA